CGAUCGCCGACACCGCGGCAUCAACCACCAACCCGCCGAGCUCUGCAUCACCACCCUCCCAAACCGACAGUGCUCUCGCAUCACACACAUCUCCUCCAAUACACCCAUCAUGCAGCCCACCCGCGUGCUCCAGGCGCUGCGCUACCGCCGGCUGCGCCUCACGACCAAGGACGUCAACAAGGGCUACUACAAGGGUACAGGCACGGGGUCCAUGGGUCGGCAUACCAAACGCGGUGGCUACAUCAUCGAGUGGAACAAAGUGCGGACCUACGUCUGCCCGCCGCUGGAUGGCUUCAAGCUCACACCGUUCGUGGCGCGCACCAUAGCCCCGACACACGGCGUCUACGAAGGAGUGCCUCUCGGGCCGAAGGACCCUGCCAUGUACCUCUCGCGGUGGAAGGCCGAGAACGGGCUUGACUGAAGGGGCCAGCCGGAGAUAGAUCUAGGUGCACGAGUCGAUAUUUUCAGGCUGAGCCUGUGAAAAUGCUGCGAUAAGGCAGGCAGGCAGAUGGUUGCGGAGCAGCGAAAUAUGGGACCUUGAGACUCCUGCUCCUUCUUCAAGGCGGAUGGAUUGUACAAUAGAAUGGCGUUCUGGGGCGUUUUCCAACCUGUUAUACAAAUGUACAAAUUUACAACAC